AAAUGCUGGAUGGCAUAGUGCAACAUAAAGAAAGAAGAGUGGGGACGUGGACAUUCCUUUCUUCCUUCCUGGGACAUCACACAAGGUGCGCUUCGCUUUGAAACAGGAAAAUGUGAACCCAGGUGACGGAUGAUAUUGCAGCAGGCUGAAGAAGUUUGGAGACGAUGGCGAACCAUUCGUUUGGCAAGAUCGAUCUGGAAGACAUUCCUGCUUUAUCUUCCGUCUUUUCGGGACGAAAUCUAGUGCUGGCGUUGGCUUUUGUUCUCCUUGGAUUGCUCUCCACUAGAAAUUAUAACCAUUGCUCUUAUCUUUGGAUGUGGAGUCCAUGGAGAAUUCGCUUCCCUCGCGUCUACGGCGGGAGGCUUCUCUGGGUGGGGAUUGCCUUUGCUCCUCGUCAGCUACGUUCGGUCCUAAACAGAAUUUUUCAUCGCUCAUCCGAACCCGACAAUGUCGAAAACCAUCCAGAGAUGCUUGAUGAUGCCACCUCCGACCUUGUGCCAAAUGCAGCCUUAGACGAAACUGAUCUGAAGGAACUGAUGUCUUACAUAACGGAGUCCGAUGGCGGUCCGCCAUGGCAGCUGAUGAUGGAGAGACCAACUCAAACCCUGACAUACCAAGCUUGGUUCAGAGACCCACCGGUUGGCCCGACACAGUAUCGCACGAGAACAGUUUUCACGAACAUCUCGCCCGACUUACUGAGGGACUUCUUCUGGGACGACGAAUUCCGUCUCAAGUGGGAAAAGAUGCUAGUCUACUGCAGGACUUUACACGUCUGCCCACGAACUGGAACCAUGGUUGUUCACUGGAUAAGAAAGUUACCGCUGAUCCGCACGGGGCGAGAGUACGUCAUCAUCCGUCGCAUUUGGCAAUCUGAAUCCAGCUACUACUUCGUGACAAAGGGAAUGACAUAUCCAUCUCUACCGAGUCGCAGAAAUACGCGAAGAGUAGAGCUCUAUUAUUCUAGUUGGUGCAUAAAUCCAGUAGAAUCAGGGAACAGGCAGCAACAGCCCGCAUCAGAGGUGAUCUUCUUCCAUUUCGAGGACAACGGUCUACCGAAGGAGUUAAUUAAGAUAUGUGCCAGGGCGGCAAUGUGGGGCCUUGUAAAGAAAAUGGAGGCCGCAGUUCAGGCUUACAAUCUUGCUCGAGCCAGCGGCGCGCCUCGAUCAUCUUAUGCCAUCCUGGCGUGCAAGACCACCGAGUGUGGGCCGAUGGCAGUUCCGGCUCCUUCUUCGGAAGUCCACAAGAAUGAGAAAUCGAAGGAUACACGGAAAAGGGAUCCCUUGAAAUGGCUGGUGGUGGGAGGUGUGUUGAUAGCUUCCGGACUGACUUUACAGGUCACUGGCAAGGUCGUGCUAUUCCAGUUAGGAAAAUGGAUGACGCGGCUCCGAAGGGAUCGGCGAAAGCAUGGAAGCAUAGACUAAAAUAUGGAUUCGACUUCGUAUUUUGUCGUGCCUAGAGUGGUGACGUUUGUGCCGACGUCUCAGUCGAGCUCUGAUUUGUUGCACCAGAGCGAGAUAUCAGCAACUACAGCGACUAACGCAUCUUUCAGUUUUGAAGAACGGCAGAGCGCCACUGCUCCACAUGAUGAGCACCAAAGUAACACAGAAUAAUGCAGGUUCUGUCGAUCCUUAGGUUUUCAAAAAAGCAUAGAACAAUUAAAAAAGACAGAAACAAGAUACAUUGUAAUACAUUGUUGCCAAUCAGGAAUUUUUGCCAGGCAAUUGAUAA